UGAAUGGGCAUUAGUAGAUUUUAAUAAAAAGGAAAAAGAAAAAGAAAAGGGGGAAAAUACUAAACAGUUUGUUGAAUUAGACAAAGUCGCGGGGAUUGUGUGUUGGUCGUCGUAGUCGUCGGAACUGAGAAUUGAGAUGGUGAAGGAAACGGAAUACUACGACGUCCUCGGAGUGAGCCCGACGGCCACCGAGUCGGAGAUUAAGAAAGCUUAUUACAUCAAGGCUCGCCAAGUUCAUCCAGAUAAGAACCCAAACGAUCCUCUCGCUGCUCAGAAUUUUCAGGUUCUUGGGGAGGCUUAUCAAGUACUAAGUGAUCCUUCCCAACGACAAGCUUACGAUGCCUAUGGAAAAUCAGGAAUUUCAACUGAGGCAAUCAUCGAUCCUGCUGCAAUCUUUGCUAUGCUUUUUGGAAGUGAGCUAUUUGAGGAGUACAUAGGUCAGCUUGCCAUGGCGUCCAUGGCUUCAAUGGACAUGUUUACGGAAGGGGAACAAUUUGAUUCUAAGAAGUUACAAGAUAAAAUGAGGGCUGUCCAAAGAGAACGAGAAGAAAAACUUGCAGAAACUCUCAAGAACCGACUCAACCAAUAUGUGCGAGGAAACAACCAAGAAUUUUUGAGUCAUGCUCGAGAUGAAGCGGAAAGGCUAUCCAAAGCAGCUUAUGGUGUUGAUAUGUUGAACACAAUUGGCUAUAUUUAUGUAAGACAAGCCGCUAAAGAACUAGGGAAGAAGGCAAUCUACUUGGGUGUGCCAUUUAUUGCCGAGUGGUUUAGAAACAAAGGGCAUUUCAUCAAAUCCCAAGUAACAGCUGCAACAGGUGCAAUUGCUUUGAUUCAGCUACAAGAAGACAUGAAAAAGCAACUCAGUGCAGAGGGAAAUUACACAGAGGAAGAGCUUGAAGAAUACAUGCAAGCUAACAAAAAGUUGAUGAUCGAUUCUCUUUGGAAGCUCAAUGUGGCAGAUAUCGAGGCUACUCUUUCCCGUGUUUGUCAAAUGGUUCUUCAAGAUAACAAUGCCAAGAAAGAGGAGCUCCGUGCACGAGCAAAGGGGUUGAAGACUCUUGGUAAAAUAUUUCAGACUGUUAAAUCAAACAAUGGGAAUGAGAGAGAAGCAGAGGUACAUCAACUGAAUGGAAGUGAAUCGAGCUCAUGUUCCCCUAGCUCUAACGGUGUUACCACCCCAGCAUCUUCAAAUGUUGAAGCACAGCCUUAUUCCACACUCGCAUCACAGCCUUCUCAGGUACACGCUAUGCUGCUGCUUAUGUCAAGUCUCAUUGGGUCAAAAGGGAAACCUUUAUGUUACGUGCAACUGUUUGGUGAUCUUGUGUUAUUGAAUUCUUAUAGAGCCCUUACGUGGAGGCCCCACAGUUUACAUUUAACUUCCCAACACCAACAGCACCGCCUGGUGCCCUGAGAAAUGCUUCGACAGGCAGCGAUUAGAGGAGAAAGUUAAAGUUGUUGAUCCAUUUGUGUGCUGUGUAGUAUAUGGAGAUGGAGGCGUUGUCUUUCCUGUAUGUAAUCAAAAUCAAAGUUGUGGUUGUUUUGUCUUGUCUUGUGCCUUUUAUUUGGAGAUGGAAUUGAUUAUACAUAUUUUUACAUGUAGACAAAGAAAGAUGAAGGUUGGUAGAUGCUACUAUGAUAGACAUAUAAUAGACCUUAUAUUCUUAUUUCAAAGUCACCACCAGUUGGCUGCCUUGUUGUGUAACAUGCUGCUGGAGUGGCUGCAUUUUGUGUUUCCAUUUGCCUCUUUUUUCUUCGGUACGUGUAACGUGUGUGUAUAUUUGAUCGAUCAAUGGUCACUUGGACAUUCAUUCA